AUGUCUGUCCCUGAUCGCUGGCAGCUAGUCAAGAGCAGUAGUCUGUGCAUCUGCUGUUUCCGGCCCGGGCACAGAGCGUACAAGUGUGACACCGGCAAGUGUACGGUCUGUCAGAAGACGCAUCAUGCUAUGCUGCACAUAGAGCAAAAAGGGAGCGCUUCCAACACACGCACCACCGCAGGAGCGUCCGCCAACGGCACGCCUACAAGCGAGAAGGUGACCUACCAUGCCAGUGCAGACUCAGUCCUGCACCCGUCUAGCAGCACAACGUUCAUCGAUGAUGGGAUCUCAUUCAUGACUGUGCCAGUAUUGCUGAAGAACGAGGACCGAGUGGUCGAGUGUACUGCUCUCUUCGACUCUGGGUCGACAGCCAGCUACAUCCAGAAGGACGUUGCAGAUCUUCUUGGCAUCCAGCCAGCAUCGCAACCACUGAAGGUCCAGACGCUAGGAGGGAACAGCGUCAGCACAGAUGCAACCCAGUCGACAGUCACCAUCUCCAGCAGCGACGGGAGCUAUGUUUCCUCAUUGGACGCUUGGGUCUUGCCACAGGUAACUGGAGACUCCAACAUCAUCGAGUGGCACGCGCGCAAGAGUAGUUGGGACCACCUACGAGAGAUCGACUUCCCAGUCUCCCAUAGUAAGAAGAUUGGUAUCCUCAUCGGCCUCAAUGCUACGCCGCUCCACAAGGCUCUGGAGGAGAGAUGUGGCCCACCCGGCAGUCCAGUGGCACGGCUCACCCCGCUCGGUUGGGUGUGCUACGGCCCGACAUCAGCUCAGGCUGACCCAGCUCGUGUGGCCACCCAUUGUGCUGUCCGUCUACCGAGUGACAGCGUGGAGCAGGCGGACGAUCGCUUGGACGACCUGGUGAAAGACUUAUGGAAUGUCGAGAGUGUCGGUCUCGGAGUCAGCCCAACGUACCGAACGCCAGCCGAACAGGAAGCAGAAGCCAUGACGACCGCGACCUUGUCGUAUAGCGGUGGGCGGUACUGUGUCGGCAUCCCAUGGCGCAGCGCGGAUGGCCCGAAGGUGCGGAACAACCGGCCAAUGGCAGAGCGCCGUCUCCGUAGCCAAGAAAGAAGUCUUGAACAGAAGCCGCACAUCGCGGCAGAGUACAACCGCGUCCUUGUAUCGCACAUGGCAAAAGGGUACAUUAGGCAAGUGCCAGCAGAAGAGGUAGCUGCGGAUGGAGAAGAUCAGUGGUUCGUUCCGCACUUCCCCAUCGUUCGCCAAGACAAGGUCACCACCAAGGUGCGGGUGGUGUUCGACGCGGCCGUCUCUUGGAGUGGAUGUAACCUCAACGAGGAGAUGCACGCAGGCCCACCACUGCAGAGCGACCUUGUACACAUCCUGCUACGGUUUUGUAUGGAGCCAGUGGCAAUCGUCGCCGACAUCAGCGAGAUGUUCCUUCAAGUUGGCCUCCGGCCAGACGACAGGAAGUACACCAGAUUCCUGUGGCGAAAGGACAACAACAGCGAGCCCGAAGUCUUUGAGUUCAACAGACUGGUUUUCGGGAUGAAGGCAUCGCCCUACCUCGCCACCAGAGCGUUGCGACAAACGGCGGAGGAUUUCUCCAGCAGUGACCGAGACGACAGCAUCGACAUUCCAGCGCUGGUCAACAAGGCUUUCUACGUCGAUGAUCUUCUACACUCUACCCAGGAUGAGUCCCAGGCAGUAGAGAUUCAGCAGAAGUUGGACGCAACACUCAGCAAAGGCGGCUUCCACUUGCGCAAGUGGCACAGUAAUUCAGCAGCCGUGCUCGACGCUAUCCCACCAGCAGACAGAGCACCCCAAGCCCAGGUCAUGUUAGAAGACGCGGCUUGCAACGCACCGCCUGUUUCCAAGACUCUUGGAGUGACCUGGAUGGCAGACAAGGAUCAGUUCACGUUUGUGUAUAACGCGCCAGCCGAGGACUAUGCCAUCACGAAGAGAUCGGUCCUGCGGAAGAUGGCGACGAUCUUUGACCCGCGCGGCCAGCUGCUACCGUUCACCAUCAGAGCGCGGAUCCUGUUUCAAGAGGCCUGUAUUGCCGGCCAUGGUUGGGAUGACCCUCUCAGCACAACAGAGGUGAAGAAGUGGAAGACGUGGUUCGCGGAGCUACCGGACCUCACCUCAGUGUCAGUUGACCGUUGCUUCAAACUUGCAGGAGCACUCCCACAACCAUGUGCCACUGAGGUUCACACCUUCACGGACGCGUCCGAUGCAGCGUUCGCUGCGGCAUCGUAUGUGCGAGUCACCUACCCAGACGGACAAGUGAAGGUCACGCUGUGCAUGGCAAAGAGUCGUCCAACGCCAAUCAAGAAGAUGUCAAUUCCGAAGCUCGAGUUGAAGGCAGCGGCCCUGGGCGUACGUUUGAGCACGGAGGUCGCCACAGCUCUUGACAUCCCAGUAGCGCACCACUUCUUCUGGACGGACAACAUGAAUGUUCUGUUCUGGGUGCGUUCUCACAGUCGCAAGUUCGCCACAGACGUCGGUGUGAAGAUAGCGGAGAUCCAGACAGUGACCUCUGGUAAGCAGUGGCAGCAUGUGCCCGGCAAGUCAAACCCAGCAGACCUCCCAACACGCGGAAUGACAGCUUCAAGUCUCGCAGCGUGUGACGAGUGGUGGCAAGGCCCGAGUUUCUUGCAAGCGCCGCCGUCAGAAUGGCCGAACCGUGACAUCGUUGUGCCGACGAAUUUGCCUGGAGAAACCAAGCGCCACCAAGCAUCGUCCCUGCUAGCCACCGGUCCGAGCAUUGACCGCCUCCAACCAGAUCGAUACAGUUCCUGGAUUCGCCUGAAGCGUGUCACUGCGUGGUGCAGAAGGUUCUUUCGGCACGCCAGCAAAGGGAAAUGCUGCAGGCAGGACACACCGCAGACUGGAGGAUCGGCAGCGGUGGAAGGCACCAUGGUGUCCCUCGAAUACCAGCGUACGAGAAAACCGCAGAAGUUUCUCGUGCAGCCCCUCACAGUUACUGAACUGGAGUCAGCUGAAGAUGUGUGGUUCGCUAAGGCUCAGCAAGACGAGUUCAAUGAGACGAUUGAAGCGUGUAGAAGUCAGCGGCCCAUCCCGGCGUCAAGUCCACUGCUACGCCUACAACCGGUUCUGGAUGACAGCAACCCUCAGCUACUGCGGAUGGACGGCAGGUUGAGCACGGCACAUCACCUUCCCAGCAGCCUCCGUAGGCCCGUCAUUCUGCCAACGAAGCAUCCGGUCACAGCCCUUGUAAUCGCUCAUGAGGAUGCGGCUCACAAUCACACUGCUGGCGUCAACCACCUGUUGUCGACCCUGAACUCGAAGUUCUGGAUUGUACAUGGCCCAGCGGCAGUGAAAAGGCACCGGAGCCAGUGUACGGCCUGCAAGAAGAUUUGGGCAAAGCCUGCUCAACAGCUGAUGGCACCACUACCCGACUUCCGCACCGAGGAGCCUUUCCGAGCUUUCAGUCGGGUGGGCGUGGAUUACGCCGGACCCUUUCUGACGAAGCAAGGGAGAGGAAGAAGUCGAGCAAAGCGCUAUCUCUGCUUGAUGACGUGUCUUCAGAGCAGAGCAGUUCAUCUUGAGAUGGCGUAUGGCUUGGACACGGAGAGCUUUCUGCUGGCAUUCACCAGGUUCGCGAAGAGAAGAGGUGUACCGGAUCUCGUCGUGUCCGACAAUGGUACCAACUUUGUGUCAGCCGAGCGUGAGCUACGAGAAGCCAUCGAAAGCCUCAAGAACAGCCAGAUUGCCGCUACCAUGGCCUGCAAAGGCGUGGAGUGGAGGUUCAAUCCGCCACGCUCACCGCAUCACGGCGGGGUCUUCGAAGCAAUGGUCAAGUGUGCCAAGAGAGCGUUGGUCGGCAUCUUGCACAAUGCUGUGUGUUCUGAUGAGGAGCUCCAGACUGCCUUCACCACUGUUGAGGCUCAGCUCAAUCGUCGACCUCUAACGGCCCAGAGUGGAGAUGGACAAGACCCGGAGCCGCUAACACCCUCGCACUUUCUAGCGGGAUCGACGACCGUGAUGACCGCGGUCGAGGAAGAUGGCCAGGCGUACCACCUCAAAGCCUGGAGGGUGUUGCAGAGCUGUUUAGCCGCGGUCUGGAAGCGCUGGCUACAAGAGAUGGUCCCAAAGUUGAACAUACGUCAACGAUGGCAGAAGAGCCUUCCCAACAUCCGGAUUGGAGACGUGGUGCUUGUCCUGGACGCGCACACUCCUCGCGGCCAGUGGCCUCUCGGGAGGAUCGAAGCGAUCUACCCAGGCACCGACGGAAGAACACGUGUUGUCGACGUGAAGGUGAAAGGGAAGCAAUACCGCCGACCUAUCACUGUGCUCAUCCCGAUAGAUGCGGUGCGCACUCCCUGA